UCUAUUUUGAGGAAUUUUUCAUACUUUCGAGAGCCGUCUGCUACCCGCUGCCCUUGUACUGCGAGGUUUACUGCAAGCAGCAAAGGUUUUAGCGAUCGAUAAUGACAGCAUUUACGAUUUGUGUGAGACGCUUACAUUUGACGAUGGACACGGCUUAACCAAACCUCCUUCUUCUUGUUAGUCAUUCAAACAACAAACGUAACAUGCCGUAAUGACUCGAAAGUCAGUCAAGUUCCCUUCCGGAUUUCGACGAGGCCCAUGGAAAUCGAAUUUGGUGAAACGCGAUAGCGAUGACAAAAACACCACCAACAGAAUUUUGAUUAGUGAUUCUUGUGCUGAGCGUUGGUCAAGUCUUAAGCUUAAAUUUCAUUUCAAAACCGAUUCUGAGUUGGUUGACUACUUACUGACACUUGGUGAAGCCCAGCCCCCCAAACCUAGCCUCUCCCCUGAACAUGAUUCUGAUAAUGGAUGGAGCUCAUCCCAGCACACUAGAAGAAAGAAACGGGGCCCAUCCUUAAGAGCUGUUUUGCGCCGAAGCACCCGUACAUCUGGCUCAAAAUCUGACCUUUUAUCUGAGUCAGUUGAAAGUGAUGAGUAUCAGUCAGAUGAAAAUAACGAUUCGGAGGAAGAUGGCAGAAGGCGAGCAAAAUUUGAUGUUAGUGGCUCAAGGCUCCCAAAAUAUGAUGAUUGUCUUGACAUUCUUUCAAAGAAGAGAUUGGACCCACCUGUAGGGUCAAACAAAUCUUCCAAUAGUGAUGAGGAAAAAGAAGCCAAAGCAAACCAACUUGAUGCAGAGUUGGCACUAUUAGUGAAAACUGUUGAUCUGCGACCUCAUACAGCCAAUGAAAAUGAACUUUACGAAUUUACGGAUGAUACUCAACCAGAAAUUGGCUUAUCUUGCCCAGUGCCUACUUCAGAAAAUGAGCAUUGCUCUUUAAAAGUUGGUCACAAACGGUGGAAGUCCUACCAUAAAGACAAAAGGAAAUGGAGACAAUCGUAUGCUGCAAUUGUGUCAGACGAAGAUCAACACAAUAAAAUGAAACACAAAGAAGAAGGACCUGACAAGGAAAAGCGAAUAUUUAAAGCGCUGAAAAAAAAUCGUAUACUGACAGCAUAUUUAGAUUCUGAAAACAAAAUUCAUGAUAGUACUUCUAAAGAUUCUCCAAGAGCAGAGGACGAGACAUGGAUAAAGGAGCAAGAUGAAAAGCUUGUCAUGGAGUCAGUAAUAGCACCAGUCAUUGUGAAGAAGGGAGCGGACAUUGAUAGUGUUGACAGUGAUGAUACUAAUACAAAAAACAAAGAAGAUAUGGCUGACUCGCUAACGAUGGAAAAAAGUGAAGUUUCCAGUGGCAAAGAAAAUAAAGGGAAAACUGUACCAAAUACAGAACCAGUUUUUAUUGAAGUUGGAGAAAGGGUCAAAUUGAAGAGGAGGAGAAGAAAACUACUUCAAGAUUCUGAUGAUUCAUCUGUUAAUCAGAAGGAAGAUGUAGCAAGCUCCAGUGAUUGGAAUGAUACAGAGGCAAAUGAACAGAAGCCAAAGAGAAAUUGGAAGAAAUCUAUAAUUAAUAAUGAAUUAGAAGAAAUUGAAUCUCAUGUAAAAAAGAAAAAAUCGUCAAUAAGUUCCUCAUCCAAUGACAUGCCUUCUAAAGCAACCUGUGAACCGGGAUUAAGCAACUCUACAGCAGAUAAAAAUGAAAAACACAACACUGAAACUGGAAAAUUUAUUAAACUAAGUAAGACUGAAUCUUCUUAUUCAGAAAAUGAAGAAAGUUGUAAGCAAACCCAUUUAACUCAAGCCAAGCAGUGUUCACUGUGCUUUCUGAGACAUGUACAAGAUCCCUGUCCAGUGCAAAAUCCACUCCAGAUUGUUGAUGACUUAAUUACUUUUGAGCAGUGGCAAUUGCAAUGCCAAGUGCAAGUACGCUGUUCUGUGAUUGAGCCGCCACGACCAAAGUUAGGUCGACUGAAGAAAUGCACUCCUGAAUCACCUAACCCAAAUGAUCUGCAGAAGAAAAAUAAGGAAAUUGAAACAACAAACAAUGAUAUAAAUACACGUCACUAUGCUGAUGAGUCUCUACCUGUUAAAUUAGAUUUUAAGGUAGUAGAUGAAGAUCAUGGGAAAAGUGUAAUUGCUCAUUCACACAUUGCACAGUACACUCGAUUUGGUCCUCUUAUUGGUCCAUGUGUACAUGAAAAGGAUAUAUCAGAUGAAUCAGAUAUGAGACAUAUUUGGGAGAUUUUAGAUGGAAAACAUCCAUUCUACUUAAAUACAGAAGAUCCCCAGAAAUCCAAUUGGUUGAGAUAUAUGAGACCUGCACCUGAGAGAGAUGACCGUAAUAUUACACUUAUUGUUCAGGACAAACAACUGUACUUUGUUUCGGUUGCUGAAAUACCAGAAGGGGGUGAACUGUUGUAUUGGGCGGAUGAUCACAUUUCAUCAUGGUCAAAGAAAAAAAUCUUAAAGUCAAGUUGCGGAGGCUGCAACAUGCGCUUUGCCCAUCCUCUCUACUACAGAACACAUUGUGCUGUUUUCCAUGAUCCAUUGCACAGCCUAACCAUAAGAAAGUAUCACUGCAAAGUAUGUGGAGAGGCAAUAAUGGGGAAGGAAAAUAUUAUGAAGCAUGCAGCAGAUUUGCAUGAGGGCCGUGGUGCAUAUCAAUGCCAGUAUUGUCACAAGUUUUUCUUGAGACUAAAUUAUUUAGAGAUGCACCGGACUUAUGGAUGCUCCUCCAAUCCUCACCGAACUAGACCUUUGUGUGAUUUUUGUGGAAGGUACUUUUGUCAACCACAAAAACUAAAGGUGCACAUAAAACGAAUGCAUAGUGAUAUGAAUGAAGUAUUAAGGGAGUUCCAGUGCAAGAGCUGCCUAAAGCUUUUAGGGUCACGUGCUGCCCUUCAGAGACACUUUAAAGAAGUCCAUCAUAGAGAUGUUGUAGUGGCAUCUAAUAAUUGUGAUCGCUGUGGAAAGUCAUUUCAAAACCGUAGCAAUUUGAAGAUCCAUAUGCUGACACAUUCAGGUGUCAAACCUUUCAGAUGCCAGCAAGAUGGUUGUUCAGCAGCUUUCACAACCAAACAAUGCUUACAGUUCCACUACAAGAAAGCUCAUGGAUUAUCUGAAGGUGCAUUACCUCGUAUUGAACGCUCAAUUGCUUACACAUUUGAUGCUUAUGCUGGUGAGACAGCUGAUGGCAUUGGGGAGGAAGAGAAAGAUCUCAUUGAAAGACCACAGAGAGUGCUUCGCAAAAAUCGUAAAUCUUCUUCUAAGUCACCAAAAAAUCGUGGCCAUGUUGUGCAGUCUGAAGUAGCAGAUGGUGAUUGUGAAACUGUAGGACUGUCACAGGCUAUGACCCUUGUGACAGAAAAUUUAGACAACCUUGACUGCUCUGAACCUGUUGAGGUAAACCAUUAUGUAGGGACUCAGCCCUACACUCCCAUAACAGAUUCAGACUCUCAUCAGAAAUUUAUGGAUUCAAGAUUAGCAUCAAGGAGUCCUUUGUCACCUAUUGGAGUAGUUAGUUAUGGAGAAGAAGAAAAGCAUAUAGACAGUGAUAAAGUGCUGACUCCUUUGAGAACUGUUUCUCUGCAACACCAUACUGAAGAAAGUUAUUCUCAGUCAAUUAUUCCUGAGAUGUGUUGUAAUUCUGCUAGCCAAUCUCCACAAAGUCAUUUAGACACCUCACCUAUCCAUGGGAUGCACUCAAUCAUGCAUCUCCAAAGUAAAGGACACAAAAAAUGGCUGGGAGAAGUCAUUGAAGUGGCAGAAGAAGCAGCGGCCGCUGCUAUGCGGUUGUCUCCUCGACUUUCUCCCCAUUUAAAAAGAGAUCAUUAUGACUUUGAUGAAAAUAAGGUCAAAGGUAAAUUGCAGUACAUGGAAACUCCAGCAAGACAGGAUCUGCAGGUGGAUUUGGGUGUAGGUCGCAGCAAAACGGCAACUGCCUUAGCCCCAUUUCAUCAUCCUGAGUCUGCCAGUCUACUAGUGGAAGCUGCACUGGAUGCUGCCGAAAGAGACAUCUGCUGCCCAUCUCUAUCAACAAAAUCAUCACCAAAUCCAAUCAGUCACUCUCCUGAACCUCCCCACUUACCUCAAUCUUAUAUUGUGAGAUCUCCACAACAAGAGAGGGCUACAAAUGCGUUGUACUAUCCUCCUGAUACCUCAGCCCAGUCUUCUGAUCACUUUAUUAUGAGUCCUUCUACAGCAUCUCAAUCACAUCUUCACCCACUAGAUUCAUAUAGUAUUCCCUCCACUCUAACGGGCCCAUCAAGGUUGUAUGGUAUACAAAACCAUCAAUUACAUCAACAACUGUUGCCUUUACAGGAUCAACCAUCAAGUGAUGAUGAAGGUGGUAUGGAUUUGGACUGCACUUCAAGAGGGGAAUGUGCCCAAAAUCUUAGUAUGAAUGUGAAAGAGAAGUUAUGUGAACGCCCAGACAAUUCAUCAAUGUAUGAUGUGAGCUCUCCACAUUCUGAAUUAUCCAUUCGUUCUUCAAGUUAUGCUGAACAUCUAUCUCUUCCUCAACAAAACGAUCUGGGCUUCUCUGGGACAAUGAUGGUUGCAUCUCCUCGAUAUCAUUUAUAUGACCUUUCUCCAGAUCGUCAGUGCUCUGACGUGUCUGUCACAGAUCUUACAAUUUCAAACCGCAACAUGCCUCAAGAGUAUGGAUCGUAUGAGAAUAUAGGAGGAAGUGUGGAUUUAUCUGUUCCCAGAAGUCAUGCUUCGGAGGAUCAGGCAGAUCUUCCUUCUUCCCCAUCAAGUUUCAAUUCUGGAUCAGCACAUCACUAUUCCACUCCUCAUUGUGUACCUCCUUACCCAACUCAUCCAAUUGUUUAUCAGAAUUCACCAUUACAGAGAUCCCAUGUUAGUUCCUCUUCGAAUAGCCCUAGUGCAUCUCCAAGUCCUGGCCCAGCACAUUACCAUACUUAUCCGCCGUACUAUUGAAAUUUAGGUUUUUGUUAUUUCUCUGAAAAGAAAACAUUCCAACAAGAGUAGUACCAGAAAAGGUGGGAUAGAUUUUCACUUAUUCAGAAGCAUUAGUUUAGGAAGUAACCGCUGUGGUAAUAACUACUUAUGCUUGCUUGGCUGUUUUCCUAUAUUUCUCUAAGUACUCCUCCAAAGUUGCAAUUCAUUUAUGCGCAUUUAGUUUGUUUCUUGGUCGGAAAACAUGCAGUGUUUUCUCAAUUUAGACAUCAUUUGCCCAUUAAAUCUAUUUGAUUUAUUAAUGCUUUCUAUUUCUUUUCCUAUCUUCUGUCUCAUGAUUCAUCUAUAAUUUUUAAACAUGGCUGUGAUUAAAUGAAAGUAGUUUUCUGCUUUACAUAACUGCACUGAUUAAUUUUUAUUGGCUUAGUUUGCUAGUUUCAUUUUUUCAUGUUUCAACCUAUUGUUGUUUUUUGUUUGUAUCUGUGCUUUUAUUUUUUGUUAAUCGUGGUAAGUGUUUUCUCAGUAACUUUAUCAUGUUUGUCGUAAAAAGUGUGAACACAAACAAAUGGUUUGCAGCUCUAGCGGCCAAGCUUGUUUGAUUCUUAAGUGAUUUCAAUUAGGAUUUUAUUACUAUGUUAUUGAUAUUCAUGUAUUCUGCUUUAGCUAAGCAUUUCCCUUUUUUAAAUGUACUCGUAGGCUCUUGCUAUUACCAAGUGUUUCGUGCAGUACCUACUAAGUUUGCGUUUGUUUAAAGCUUUAAAUCUUAUGCAUUACUCAAGCUGUGAUAAUUAUGUAGUCUGUUUUAUUUUACUUUAUUCAUCUUGGAGGAAGACAUGUAUGCAACCCCAACAAAUUUUGCAUCAUAAUCAGCAUAUUGAUUCCGUUUUAUAAUAGAAAUGUAAACGUUUAAACAACCAAAUGUAGGUGUAUAUGUAAAUCCCCAUUCCUUAACACAUACUGUACAGUACAUGACAAACAGCUAUGUUUUUCGUUUUUUUUAAAACGUCAGCAAUGGUUUUAUUUUAUCUUUAAUCCUGAAAACUACCAGAUUGUCAUGCUCUCAUUGUGCCAUCAUUUGGUAAAAUAGAUUUUUUUUGGUGUGUGAAAUAAAAAACCUGUGCCAAAUGUG